AUUAGGGAUUUCGGUUGGCGCCUUUGCGGUGGAAGGACCUGGAGUUGUUAAAAAGGGGAGGAGAUAUUCGAAUCGAUCGGCGAGGGGGUCCUGAAAGCUGCGCGUGAGUAGUAAGCGAGGAAGAGAAUGGAGGGUUGGGAUCCCAAUACGAAGUCGACACUGACUCAGAUCCCUCUUCUAACAACGAAAGCGGGUCCAAGAGACGGAGCGGCAUGGACUCAGAGACUGAAGGAGGAGUACAAGUCUCUGAUCGCCUACACCCAGAUGAACAAGUCCAACGACAACGAUUGGUUUCGGAUCUCCGCGGCCAAUCCGGAAGGAACGCGUUGGACCGGCAAAUGCUGGUAUGUCUACAACCUCCUCAAGUAUGAAUUCGACCUCCAAUUUGAUAUCCCCAUCACCUACCCUUCGACCGCGCCAGAACUCGAGCUUCCUCAGCUCGAUGGCAAGACCCAGAAGAUGUAUAGAGGAGGGAAGAUUUGCUUGACCGUGCACUUCAAGCCACUUUGGGCUAAAAACUGCCCUAGAUUUGGCAUAGCACAUGCCCUUUGCUUGGGCCUUGCCCCAUGGCUUGCGGCAGAGGUUCCUAUUCUUGUGGAUUCUGGUAUGAUCAAGCACAAAGAUGAUGCGACUACAUCAACAGAAUCUUAGUUAUUCUAUGUUGUAAAACCUGAAAAUAUAACGCCCAAGUUUUAGAGUUAUUAGAUUGCUUAGAGAAAAUAAAAUGAACACUAUUCUCACAAACCAAUUUACAGGAUCUUGGUUAUCAAAAUGUACGUGUAUUUGAUACUAAAGACGUGAGGUCCAUACAGAUUCUUGGACUAUAUUGCAUUGUAUGUUGAGAAUUGCAUGCGCAUAAUGGCUAUAGAUGUUUAAUAUUGUCA